AAAUCGCUUGUGUUACAGUGUGACCAUAUUGCCUGACUGUUUGUAUAUGUGUCUGCUUUUCCUGUUCUCAACCACGAGCUACUGGCAGACCCAGCCUGAAGCGUUAAGUACGGCAGGGAUUUCCCCAACUCCAUAGCCGAAUAGAAAAGUACCUCCUCCCAUAGAGGAUUGCCUGAGCUGCUUAGCCUUGUUGCUCUCUCAGUGUUUGUGACAAAACUUUGCAGGAGUGGACCUGACUCAGACACACACAGAACCCAGGUACCACAGUCACUGUCUGCUCAGAAAUCACCUUCCGGAAUCCAGCACUCAGCUAGGAUCUCAGCCCCCUCACAAGCUGAAUGCAGGUGCUCCAUGUGAAAAAAUGACACAUUCUUCAUACGGGAGUUGCAUAAUCUUCACCCUGGUUGUUUCGGUACUUUCUAAAGGGGAUACAGACUGCCCAUGUGACACAGCAGAUUUCUGCAAUUGCUCCUCAAUGCACUGGAAAGCUAUUCCGUCUGGAUUGCCAAAAAAAGCAAGGGGAUUAGACCUGUCCAGCAAUGCCAUACAGAUUGUCACUGACACUGACCUGAACAUUUAUGACCAACUGCAAACUCUACUGCUGCAGCAUAAUGAAAUACACACCAUUAAUGAUGCCUCGUUCCAGUCACUUGGAAACCUUGAAGAAUUAGAUUUAUCAUAUAAUAAUUUAGGCCGUUUGUCUUCAGCUUGGUUUAGAAAUCUGCCCAAUUUAAAGCAUUUAAAUCUUUUAGGGAACCGAUAUUUAACACUUGGAAAUAAUUCCCUAUUUGCCAGUCUUUCCUCCUUAGGAUCAUUGCAGUUUGGAAAUCAGAACUUUUCUGUUAUUCAGAAGCGAAGCUUUGAGGGGUUAGAGAGACUAAAUAAACUUGAAAUAAACGCACCACAGCUGGGACUGUAUGAAGAGGGAAGUCUUGCAGCAAUAAAGCAAAUAAAUACUGCCUUUUUGACAGUGAGUAUUCAGAAACUACAUGCGCUGCUCAAUGACUUUGUGUAUUCCGUGACACUGCUAGAAAUAAAAGACAUGCAGUUUAACUACACAGAGGACGUGAACGCUAUGGAGAUACUCAGUGAUACCAGCGUGAAGCAUUUGGUCUUUAGGAACUGCUUUAUUACUGACCAAAGUGCAUCGAGAUUACUUGAAAUCAUUCAGACGUACAGAAAUAUAACAGAUAUUAUCUUGGAUGACAACAUACUUUUUGGAACAGGGAGAACAUCCCCAGUUAUUGGAGAUAAUCCCUUUUCUGUUACUACAGCCGUUAUCAAUAAAAUACACAUACCCAAGUUUUUCUUGUUUUCUGACCUUCGAGGAGUUUAUAAACUUGCUUCUAACUUUAAAAAUAUGGCCUGUAUAGACAGCAAAGUUUUCUUAAUGCCGUGUCAUUUUUCACAAUCUUUUACUUCUCUUCAAUUUUUGGACCUUAGUGGAAACCUCCUUGCCGAUAGCUUAUUAGCGAGCUCUGCAUGUUACAAUGAAGGUGGGGGUGCCUGGCCCUUGUUGCAGACUUUAAACGUCAGCAGAAAUCUUCUGACCUCUUUGCCGAAAAUUGCGGACGUAUUGUCUGGGCUGAAUUUCCUCACUAACCUGGACCUCAGUCAAAAUAAUUUUGGUACGUUAUCAACUUCUACAUGCAAAUGGCCUAAAAACCUCAAAUAUUUGAACAUCUCAAGCAGUCAGAUGAGUUUUAAAAAUAGUUGCAUUCCUCUAACUUUACAGAUCUUGGAUGUGAGUUCAAAUUAUCUCACAGAAUUUACAAUUAAAAUGCCCUAUCUGACAGAACUUUACAUAUCAAACAACAGACUGAGUACAUUGCCAGAAGCCAUGUAUUUUCCAAGUUUGGUAAUGUUAAGUAUAAGCAGCAACAAACUAAAUGACUUCUACAAACCAGAUCUGGAUCAGUUUGCCAAACUUACUACACUGGAUGGAAGAGACAACAAUUAUUUAUGUUCUUGCCAAUUUUUAAGCUUUAUGCAUUCCGAUACGAUUAUAUUGGUUGGUUGGCCAGAUAACUACAUAUGUGAUUCUCCUUCUUCAGUAAGGGGCAUACGGAUACAAGAUGCAAAGCUGCCUCCCCUGGUGUGCCAUAAAACAUUGAUUGUAACCCUGUCCUGCAUUCUCUUGAUUGUACUUGUAGCAGCUAUUGUGGCUCUUUGCCAUUUCCUUCAUGUUAUAUGGUAUGCAAAGAUGACCUGGGCCUGGCUGAAAGCCAAAAGAAAGCCAGUGAAGAAUUGUGAAAGGGAGAUUUGUUAUGAUGGAUUUGUUUCUUACAGUGAAAGAGACUCUGAAUGGGUUGAGAAUAUGAUGGUGCCAAAGCUGGAAAAUGCUGGCCCGCCAAUGAAACUGUGCUUGCAUAAGCGUGACUUUGUACCCGGCAAGUGGAUUAUUGAUAACAUUAUAGAUGCCAUGGAGAAGAGCUACAAAACCCUGUUUGUACUGUCAGAGCACUUUGUCAGAAGUGAAUGGUGCAAGUACGAACUGGAAUUCUCUCACUUCCGUCUCUUUGAUGAAAAUAACGACACCGCCAUUUUGAUUCUGUUGGAACCCAUUGAGAAAGAAACUAUUCCGAAACGGUUCUGCAAGCUGAGGAAGCUCAUGAACACUAAAACUUACCUGGAGUGGCCUACUGACGAGGAGCAGCAAGAAGUAUUCUGGCAUAAUUUAAAAAUAGCAUUGAAACCAGAAUUUUAAACCCAUUUCUCUGCCAAAUAUGAUCCACCCAACUGAUGAAAGAAAAUGUCAUUCUCAUCAAUUUCCCAAUAUACAUUAAUUAAAAAAGUAUUUUAGAAUUAUUUAUAAAUGUAACUGCUAUUAAAAAUGGUAUUUGUUAGUGCAAGUCUUUGCACUGAUGGUUUUGACUCAAAAUUGAAACAAUCUAGCAGAAGCCCCCUGAUUAACAGACCUUAAAGCAUUUAAGCAGUGUCGGCCCAGACCUGCUCCCCCGAUUGGGAGCCCCUAAAAAAAUACUUGCGCCUCUGUGAAAGCACGCAAUGGUGUUUGCAGAGGGAAGCCGGGAAGGGGCCCCUGGUGACUGGCAGUCCUGGUGGACCCCCAUUGAUACAGUCCAAACCUAAAUUCAAGGCAUUGUGGGAACUGAUUUCUGCUACCUAACGUCUGAUCUCUGAUACCUUAUGUCUGAACCAGCAGCACAGAAAGGGAUACUGACAUUUCAAUUUUCAAGUAAUGUAUAUUGGAAAAUCACUUAGAAUCAGACUUUCAUUAUGCAAAUAUCAUUUAGGGGGAGUUUCAUUUUAAGAUGAAAAUGUUUUCUUUUUUAGUAAUGACUUAGUCAUUCUUUAAAUAAACAUAUUACUCUAAAUUCAUUUUUUAUUUUUUGUAUAAUGAAAUAUUGACAAAAAAUUAGCAAAAUUCUCUUUGAGAAGUUUAUAAACCUUUUGUAAAUAAUGUCAAUUUUAUGUCAUUUAGUUGUCACAUAAAAUUAAAAUAAAUAUAUUAAAUUGUAGUAGAAUUAUAGGUAUUGCUGGAUGCUUAGAAUUAAAUUAUGUUAGGUGUUCCUAACCUUUGGGUUUGUACAUUAAAAAAGUGAUGUUGUGGUGGUUAUGAUGGUUCUUUAGACUUUUGGGGUUUGAGCCCCUUUUACAGUCUAACGUUUGUCUGAGCUCAUAAAAAAAGUCCAUGGUAUAUGAGCAACAGUUUUCAGUAUAUUCAAGACAAUAAAUAAGUAUUCAUCCCCCCAAUUGGCUUUGGGAUCCCCUUCCAAUGCAUUUAGACAAAUGGAGGGGAAAGCCAACAGUUCGGGAACCAUUGCUUUUAUGACUCUUUUAUACCAAAGUGCUACUUUCCCUAAGCUAAGUUGGAAUAUAAAUUGGAAUAUAGAAUACAUAAUUGCUGUUAUUUUGGCAUUAUUGUAAAUGUAUAUAGACAAAUACAAGAGUCCUCUGCACUCAACCCAUUAUCAAUAUAUUUAAGACAGAGACAUUUUGU